UUUCCCAUUCCCGUUGAAGCGAGCGAAACAAAUCACAAAGAGAGAGAAAAGGAGAAAAAUCCACCGCUCCCGAGUUCUCGAGGAACCUCGCCGGCGACCCCCUGCCGGCCUCUUCCGCCGAGCCGACGAGCUCCCGUCGUCCGCGGAUGCUCCCCGGCCUUGCUCGGCAAGGGCCCGGCGGUCCACGCUCGUAGCCAGAUCUGGGCGUCUUGGUGGGAAGUGGGAUUCAUUAGUUCCCCGGCGGGAAUGGUGCGAAGCUGGUGGCGGUCUCUAGGGCUGCCGUUGUUCGUGGCGGCGUGGGUGGCCGUGGUGGCGGCGGGGGCGGGGGCGGAGGUCGCCGCGGCGGCGGGGCCACGACGGCACGCGUACGCGGCGAUGAUGUACAUGGGCACGCCCCGGGACUACGAGUUCUACGUGGCCACGCGCGUCAUGAUGCGGUCGCUGGGCCGGCUCAGCGCCGACGCCGACCGCGUCGUGAUCGCGUCCCUCGACGUCCCGCCGCUCUGGGUCCAGUCGCUGAAAGAUGAUGGUGUGAAUGUAGUCUCUGUGGAGAAUUUGAAGAAUCCAUAUGAGAAACAAGAAAACUUUAACAUACGAUUCAAGUUGACUUUAAACAAGCUGUAUGCUUGGAGCUUAGUUUCAUAUGAACGAGUUGUUAUGCUUGACUCAGACAACAUUUUCCUCCAGAACACUGAUGAGUUAUUUCAGUGCGGCCAGUUCUGUGCUGUCUUCAUCAAUCCAUGUAUCUUCCAUACAGGCCUCUUUGUACUUCAGCCCUCAAUGGACGUUUUUAAGAACAUGCUGCAUGAACUAGCUGUUGGGCGUGAAAACCCUGAUGGUGCAGACCAGGGCUUCCUUGCUAGCUAUUUCCCGGACUUGCUUGAUCAGCCAAUGUUUCAUCCACCAGCUAAUGGUACUAAACUUGAUGGUACUUAUCGCCUCCCUCUAGGCUACCAGAUGGAUGCAUCCUAUUAUUAUCUAAAGCUUCGCUGGAGUAUUCCAUGCGGACCAAACAGUGUGGUUACAUUUCCGAGUGCUCCAUGGUUUAAGCCAUGGUAUUGGUGGUCUUGGCCAGUUUUACCUUUGGGUCUCUCUUGGCAUGAACAACGUCGUGAAGACCUAGGGUAUUCAUCGGAGCUACCGUUGGUAUUAAUCCAGGCUCUACUAUACAUUGGAGUCAUUGCAGUGAUCCGACUUGUGCGGCCUGGCUUAUCCAAGAUGUGCUACAACAGAAGAAUGGAGAAAAGCACUAUAUUUUUGCUCUCCCUGCUCAGAGUAGUGGCAGCAUGGUCCAUACUUGCAGCUUACACCAUUCCCUUCUUCAUCAUCCCACGGACUGUGCAUCCGUUGCUUGGCUGGUCUCUGUACUUGCUCGGUUCUUUCUCUCUUUCUUCCAUUGUGAUCAACAUCUUCCUCCUCCAGCCACUUCCUGUCCUCAUGACAUGGUUUGGGAUCAUCGGCGCACUCCUUGUGAUGGCUUUCCCUUGGUAUCUAAAUGGUGUUGUCAGGGCCUUGGCAGUGUUCGCUUACACGUUCUGCUGUGCACCCUUGAUAUGGGCAUCUUUGGUCAAGACAAUGAGCUCCUUGCAGAUCCUAAUUGAGAGGGAUGCAUUCAGGCUCGGAGAACCUAACCAGAGCGCCGAGUUCACAAAGCUCUACUGAGGUGGGCGUGGCAGAUACAUAUGACCACUUUCUAUCGUUGUUCACUUUGAACAGCUAAUACCCAUUCAGAUUGGCAAUUGUGAUGGCCAAUUCAGUUGUACAAGUAAACUGCAGCUUGUGGGAGCCCAUGAUUGUUGUUUGUACCUUUUAAAACCAUCUGGAACCUCUGGAGCCCAUGAUUGUUGUUUUAGACAUGUAGGUGAUAUACAGGGGGAAAAGGAGGGGGGCAUUGGUGCGGAACUGCAGAGGAACGGACUAGGAUCAGUGUUUUUUUGUCAUUUGAUUUACUGUUCCUCUAAAAAUAUCAACACAUUUUUGGCUUUCCUGUAAUUGAUAUGAUCAGUUCCAUCACCAAUCAAGAAAAAGGGUUGAAAUUUCAGUCAGUGUGCUGUUGGGGAAAAACUACUUUAUUUAUUGUGGUAUAAUAGUGUUUUACAACUUUGGCUUUU